UUAACAGUAGCUUGAUUCCGUCCAGUAGCUCAGUGGUGGCUAGUGAAGUUUAAAGUAAAUGAAGCGACUCGGUUCAACUUUUACCUUUUAAAAAUUCAUCCCGAAGACAUAUUGGGGUAUGAGUCAUGACAUGAGGAGUUUUUAAAUCAGGUUUAAUUAGAAAAGAAAAAGUAAAAGGUUAUCAACGUGCGUCUGUCAAACCAGUCCUUCCAGUGAGCUCAUCGCCCACUGAGCUGUCUUCAUCAUUACAGGGAGGUAGGAACAUGACGAGCUUAGCGAGUAAAGCUUUUUGCAGGGUGGAGAGGCUGUGUCACCACCUCCCCGUACUCCUCAACACCUUCUUGGUCUUCUCUAUCACCGGGGAGGUGAGCUACCUGGUCCUGGUCGAGGCUCCGCUGGAGGCAGACCAGAAGAAGACGGAGUGGUCCGCCUGGUGGAAAGCCGUCCACCUGCUGGCCCAGUACUUCAUGCUGGUUAACAUCUGCUGGAACGCCAUGCUGUUCCUCAGAACCAGUCCCAGUAUCAAAGGGGUGUUCCUGGGAGGAGAAGGCAUGGGACAGGGGUGGAGGUACUGUUACACGUGUGAGACCCACACUCCGCCUCGCUGCUCCCACUGCUAUGACUGCAAUGUUUGCGUGCUGCGGCGAGAUCACCACUGCGUCUUUUUUGGCCGCUGCGUGGGCUUCCGUAACUACCGCUACUUUCUGAGCUGCUUGUUAUUUAUGUGGUCUGGGCUCCUGUAUGCCACCUUGAUGAAUGCAGAGGUCUUCAUUGUCAUAUUGAAGGAGGGUGUGACUUUACACAGCGUCCUACUGCUGCUCAUACCCUGGAUCAUGCUCGUUUCAGGCCAGGUCUCUGCGCAAGCCUUUGCCUUCGCCUUCAUCGCUGACACCUGCGUGGUGGGCUUCCUACUGGUGUCUGCCUUUUUCUUCUUCCAUCUCUUCCUAAUGUUUCGGGGACAGACCACCAGGGAGUGGUAUUCAAAUCGUAGACCCUACAGCCUGGGACUCCCUGGAAACCUGAGCCACUCUCUGGGCAUUCGCUGGUACAUCUGCUGGCUCUCCCCGCUCAUCCAAUCACCUCUCCCGGGAGAUGGGAUAAACUUCCGGGUCACUGGAUCCCUGGACCCCACCCGGUAACAGCUGACGGCCUGGUCAUGUAAAGGCCAUGUAACUUUACAUUGGUGAUGGUUCAUGUUUUGGGAGCAGCAUCAGGGAAGAGACAUAUACACAUUGUGGGUGUACUGUGAUUGAGUUUGACCUCAAGUGUUCUUCUGGAAUACUUAGCACUGAAAAAGUUUGCAAACAGCACUGAAAUGAGAAUGUAUUUUUUUGAUUAUAAAAAAGUUUAUGAUUUUAAAUCCUUUUCACCAAGCAACAAAUACUUUCUCUGACUCUAGGGUUAUUUAUUCUUCUGGAAUUGGUGACACUGACUGCUUAAUUGAGCUUUUCAAUUUGAAGAUAAUAGUUGCGUUGUUCCUGAAUAUAUAAAAUACACCAUCAUUAGCCUCAUAUCUGCAGUUGUGCCUAAACUACAAGUGUCAUUAUGUGCUUGUGCUAUCAGUGUUCUUGAAGGGGUUCAAAGUGAUGUCUUAAAAACUACAGGAGAUCAGAAAAUACACAGUAGAAAUUGAGUUUCGACUUCUAGAGUUGCAGUUUACAGCUGUGGUUCUCAACUGGUGGGUCAGGACCCAAAAGUGGGUCGCGAAGCCAUUUUCAGUGGGUCACGAAUGUGUAGCUAAGAUAAAUACGGUGUCAAAAAGUCUACAGAGCGCUGUUUGAUUUGUUCAGUUUCUUGCCUCCAUCCCCUGUUUUGUAAAGUCUACUGCACAAUUUUUCAUUAAAUAAAUCUGAUUGGUUGUAAGAUAUCAGAAAUUUGGGUCGUGGUCUCUCAUGGAGGAGCCGUGGGUGGGUCCUGAGGCUAGACGAGUUGAGAACCACUGGUUUACAGGAUACACAUUUUUGAAGCUACCCAAAGACUUCACUGUAAGAGUCUUUCCUCGUAGUUCAUGUUAUGUUGUCUAGCUUUCACUCAGCAAGGGACUUCUACUUACCAAAUCAACCUGGCCUACAACAUAAUGUGCUCUGACUCAACCACUGUUAAUACUGUAUAUCUUUAAAAAAAAAACCUCUUUGGCAGUGAGAAUACAGAAAAUGUACUGUUUUAUACAAAGAAAUUGUUCUUAUUUUUGUUUUCUUAGCAGUUUCUUAAGCUGUUUAGCCAACCUGUGUCACAAAUACAUAUUGUGUCAAUUGUCUGAUACAUACACACUGCAUACUUACUCAAAGUCUGCUAUAUAAGUAUGGAUUUUGGACACAGCCAAUGUACUCUGCAGCACUAUAAAUAACAGAAGUUACCGCAUAUCAAAGUCCUUUUUCUCUCUCGUCUGCUGUUGCUUUAGUAAGUUUGAUCUCUUGCCUUAAAAUGUGGUGAAUAUAUUUACACGCAUGACAAUUUUUUUUUGCACAAUAUAUAUUUCUGUUUCAUUUCGUUUGUUCUUUGACAUAUGAAUCACGCCAUUUGAUGUUUGGUUUUGCUAUCUGAAAAUUGUUCGAUGAAUUGUCCUAAGGGAGCAUUUUGAUAAUGAAAUGCAUUAAUUAAAACAUGUUUGAUGAUGAUUUUUAUUUUCA